UCCCACAACGGAAAAGGAAGCGCAGAUCACGAUCUUGGCCCGGAGACAAUUGCCGCACCGAACGCGGGAGGUCCGUCAUCGGAAGGAUUUUCAGCCUCGCCAAAAGCCCAAGGAUUGGUGUUUCUUUCGUCCAGUGGGAUGGACGGAUCCACCAACAUGGCGAGUCCUGGCGGGGAAUCCUUCCCUCCCCGGAAAUGGUACAGAAGAGUGCCGUUCGUAUCCACGAAACCGAUCAAGAAGCGACUGGCGGUACGGAACGUGAAUUCGACUUCGGGCCCGGUCGACGUGGGGAAUGAGAGUGGUGGUGUCACUGCGACUGGGGAGAAACUUACGUUGCCAGAGUCCACAGCGAACUGGCUGUCCAUCUUGACGUUCGCCUGGCUGAGUCCGGUGAUAGGGACGGGCUACACCAGACCUCUUCAAGUCGACGAUCUGUACAGCAUGCCGAGCACCAGGCUGGUGGAGGGCCAUGCGGAUCGACUCGAAAGGUUCUGGUCGGAGAGCCUGGAGAAAAAUAGGAAUCGAGUGGCUUCGUCCGGGCUCAUGGCAUGGAGGCCUUUCUGGGCGAGGCGCACAACCGACGCUACAGUCUUGACCCUUGCUCUCAACCGUGUCUGCUUCCAGUGGUUCUGGAUAGGGGGUCUGUUCAAGCUGAGCGGGGACUUGUCACAAAUACUCUCGCCACUGCUCAUUAGGUUCCUCAUCAACACACUGUCCGACCCGUCCCAGCAAGCCCUGCGCGCAGGCUUCGGCUACGCUGCGGGCCUGUUCUUGCUGCUCGUCUUCUCCGUCACGUCCAACGUCCACGGCUUCUACCGGUCGUAUACGACUGGUAUCCUCUUGAGAGGCGCCCUCAUGCAUGCCAUUUAUCGCAGGGUGACUGUGCAGCUCACCGAGAAGGCCAAGCUGAAACACGGCCUCGGUACUGGCAAGCUGAUGAGUUUGAUGAGUGCGGACGUGACGCGCGUCGACUUCUGCUGCGGCUUCUUCCACGCCGCAUGGACUAGUAUCCUCCAGAUACUCCUUUGCUUUGCCCUGACGGCAUGGUCGCUGGGCUACAGCGCCCUGCCUGGGUUCGGCUUGCUGGCGCUGCUGUAUCCCCUGCAGACCUUCAUGGUACGACGGUUACUGCGUCUGCGCCGGGCCAGCAUGCCCUUUACCGACGCCCGGGUUAAGGCCGUGGUGGAGGCCGUGUCGACUAUCCGGCUCGUCAAGGCCAACGCGUACGAGAAGAGCGUGCUCGAAAAGAUCCGAAAUCUGAGGUCGGACGAGGUCGUCUACAUCCGCAAGAGGAUGCUUCUCAGGGCUCUCAACACCGCCGUUUCGUACACUGCUCCCACUCUGGCCGCCGUGGCCAGCAUCGUCUGCUAUGGAGCGACGAACGAGAACGGCAUGGACGCCGGUGUCGUCUUCUCCGCCCUAGCCUUUUUCCUGCUGCUUAGGACGCCGUUGCAGGCCCUGCCUACUGCGCUUUCCGCCAUCGCUGAUGCUCGCGCAGCACUCGAGCGCUUAGCAGUCUUUAUGCUUGCAUCGGACGCGGGGCCUGCCGGUAAUGCUGAACUACACCCAGAGCCUGGCAUGAAUACAGGCGAUGAGUCUUCAGAUGACGUGGUAGUUCGGAUCGAGGAUGCUACCUUUGCCUAUCACGAUGACGUUGAGCUGAUGACUGACGACGUCAACGCUGAAGCCCAGGAAUUGAAGAUGCCGCACCCAACCGUAUCUCAAAGCAAGGUGUCUGCGAGCCAGAGCCAGAGACUGUACCUCGAUUCUCUCGUGGUGAAGAGGAACAAACUCGUCUGCAUCGUGGGACCCGUGGCAUCGGGUAAAUCGUCGGUGUUUAGGGCGCUGUUGGGAGACAUGCAACUUGUUCAAGCACGCUCAUGCCGUCUGGACCACGGGAACUCGUUGUCCUCAUCCCGGCUCGCAUUUGCCCCGCAGACAGCCUGGCUGCUCAGCGAGACCGUGCGGGAGAAUAUCGUUUUCGGCAGGGCGCUGGAUCUGGCAUGGUACGACGAGGUGCUCACCCGGUGCUGUUUGCACCCGGACUUGGAGCGGCUGCCUGAGGGUGAUAUGACGGUCGUUGGCGAGCUGGGAGUGUCCUUGUCAGGUGGCCAGAAGCAGCGCAUCAGUCUCGCCCGGGCCAUCUACGGCAAGAGCCCACUGCUCUUUCUCGACGACUGCUUCUCCGCCCUGGACGCUCAUGUCGGUGCUCACGUCUUUGACAUGGUCGUCAACCGAGCGCGGAGUAACAAGGAGGCCACGGUUGUGCUGGUGACACAUUCGAUGGUUUUCGCUAGGCAGGCGGAUCACCUUGUCUAUAUGGAGAACGGCCGCAUUGUGGAACAGGGCUCCUACGACAGUCUGGCUGGCGGUGGGGGUCCCUUUUCCCUCUUUGUGGGGUCCUCAUCAGGAGCAGACUUGGACUCGGAAUCAACUCGUCAUAGUAGCGACGUUCCGCAACCCCAACAUCCAGAGGAUAACGCAAAGGAGGUGCAAAAGCAGGACCAGGAUCAAGGGAUCGUCGCCCAAAAGUCAGAGGGGAAGCGAGAGGACCGAGGCAAAGAGAUCAUGCAGAAAGAAGAGAGACUUGUUGGUUCUGUCAGUGGCAAGACUUACGCCCGCUACGUGCAGAUGGGCAACGCCCGGCUUACCGUGCCGCUCUUCAUCACGGCCAUCAUCACAUACCAGGGAACGAGCAUUGUCUCGCCACUAUGGCUGAGCUGGUGGCAAGACAACAAAUACACAUCCAUCUCGGAGGACGCAUACAUGGGAGGCUACGCGGCGUUUGGUAUCGGGCAGUCAGUCGGCCUGUUCUGCAUGAGCGCAACCUUUGCCUUGUUCUGCUUCUGGUGCUCGAACAGGCUUCACCACGCAGCCAUAUCGAAGGUGCUGCACGCGCCCGUGGCAUUCUUUGACACCACGCCGCAAGGUCGCAUCACGCACCGGUUCAGCAAGGACGUCGACGCCGUGGACAACGUGGUGGGCGAGACACUGCGGCUUUUCAUCUCGACAGCCGUGCAGGUCAUGGGAACCAUCAUUGUGGUAACCAUCGUGGUACCGGCGUUUGUAGCCAUCGCUGCUGCUCUUCUCCUCGUUUACAUCUGGACUGGGAUCUACUACAGGCCCUCCUCACGCGAGCUGCGCCGCCUGAACAAUCUGCUCCGCAGCCGCAUCUACGAACACUUUGGCGAAUCCAUGUCCGGCCUGCCCACCCUCAAAGCCUUCGGCGCCGUGUCGCGCUUCGUCGAUGACAACGCCCGCAAUAUCAACGCCGAGACUGCCGCUUAUUGGCUAUCCGUGGGGUGUCAGCGCUGGCUCAAUCUCCGUUUGGACCUCUGCGGGUCGAUGCUCGUCUUCGCCACGGCACUGCUCGUCGUGGGACUCCGAGACACCAUCAACCCAUCGUCCGGGGGUGUGGUCCUGUCGUACGUCGUCACGGCGCAGGCCGUGUUUGGAAACAUGAUUCGCCAGAGCGCCGAGAUCGAGAACAACAUGAACUCGGUCGAAAGGAUGCUUCACUAUGCCUACAACAUCGAACAGGAACCUGCACACGAGGUCGACAGCGUGGACAAAACGCUCAGGGCCAGUGGAUGGCCGCGGGCUGGUCGUGUGCAGUUUGAAUCACUGACGCUCAGCCAUCGUCCCGGCCUGAAACCGGCACUCAGUGACGUAACGCUAGACAUAAAGCCUGGUGAAAAGGUCGGUGUUGUCGGGCGUACUGGCGCUGGGAAGACUACGUUGAUAUCCGCCCUGCUGAGGGUGAUAGAACCCACAAACGGCAAAAUCUUUAUUGACGGAGUCGAUAUUCACACGAUUGGUUUGCAUUUGCUGCGGUCAAGCUUGUCUGUCAUCAGCCAAGACGCCGUCCUCCUCGCCGGAACCAUCCGGUACAACUUGGACCCGUUUCAGCAGUAUGAUGACGGCUGGCUGCACCAGUGUUUGCGAAGAGUUGGACUUGCCGGUAGCCAACCAGACACUGAUGCAACAAGUUCAAGUGGGCAAGACAACGAAAUCGGGGCUGGUUCAUGCGAAUUAGAGAAGAGCCAGGACUUCGAGCCCAACAGCGGCAGCAGGGGCCUGACGUUAGACUCGGAAGUCAAGGAGGGCGGCGCCAAUCUCUCCAAUGGCCAACGCUCUUUGAUAUCCAUCGCCCGUGCCCUUGUGAGGCGGUCCAGGAUCCUCAUCCUAGAUGAGGCCACGGCGUCCAUCGAUGGAAGGGCUGACGCGGAGAUUCAGGUGAUGUUGAACGAGGUGGUCGGGGACGCUACAGUUCUGACCGUCGCUCAUCGACUGGAUACUAUCGUUGCCACAUGUGAAAAAGUUGUUGUGAUGGACAAUGGCCGGGUCGCCGAAUUCGGUUCCAUAUCAGACCUCUACUCCAGGCCGGACAGUCUAUUCCGGGCGCUCUGCGAGGCUUCCAAAACCACUGUUGGGGGGGCAAAAUGUUAG